CGCUGCGGCAACUCCACUGGUACCCUCGUGACAACAGCAUCCAUUCAUUCUUCACCUCCAUCCACUAGCAACCAUGAAGUCUUCAGUAUUGUUGUCUCUGUCCGCUGUUGCGCUCGCUGCAGCAGCUGCUACCCCAAAAGAGCCCCAAGUCGUCUUCCAGAACCCUCAAGUGACGAUUGAUGAGCCAGACCAGUACCUGAUUGAGCUGUCUCCUGGCGAGACACGGUGGGUGACUGAGGAUGAGAAGUGGACUUUACGCCGUCAAAACAUCAAUUUCUUUGACAUCACGAACGCCGAUGACCUUAACAUUCUCAGCGAGGAGAUUGCCGCGAAGAAGGUCACGUAUCCCUCGAAGCCGGCGUACAACAAGACCGUAGUCCCUCUGCUGAAGGAGCUUGAGAAGGACAACAUGCGCACACACCUCGAAACGUUCACAGCGUUCCACACUCGAUACUACAAGUCGCAAUAUGGCGCACAGUCGUCAGCAUGGUUGCUGAAGCAGGUGGAUGGCACGUUGAGGGAUGCCGGUGCCAAGCAUGCCUCCGUGAAGGCGUUCCCUCACCCAUGGGGCCAGGCCAGCAUCAUUGCCACUAUUCCCGGCAAGAGCAACAAGACUGUAGUGAUCGGAGCACACCAGGACAGCAUCAAUCUGUUCCUCCCCUCGAUCCUAGCUGCACCCGGCGCGGAUGAUGACGGCAGCGGCACCGUCACGAUCUUGGAGGCACUGCGCGUGUUGCUCAAGUCAGAGGAUAUUCUCAAGGGUGAGGCAGAGAAUACGGUCGAAUUUCAUUGGUACUCCGCCGAGGAAGGCGGCCUUCUGGGAAGUCAAGCUAUUUUCCAGUCAUACCAAAAGGAGCGCCGGGAUGUCAAGGCUAUGCUGCAGCAAGACAUGACCGGCUAUGUUCAGAAGACACUUGACAACGGCGAGCCCGAGUCUGUGGGGGUUAUUACCGAUUUUGUCGACCCUGGUCUUACCGAAUUCAUCAAGGAGAUCAUCACCGAGUACUGCGACAUUCCCUACAUCCUGACCAAGUGUGGCUACGCUUGCUCGGACCACGCCAGCGCGUCCAAAGCCGGCUACCCAUCAGCUUUUGUCAUUGAGUCUGACUUCAAGUACUCUGACAACAAGAUCCACACGACCGAGGAUAAGAUCGAGUACUUGAGCUUCGAUCACAUGCUCCAGCACGCAAAGCUGACCCUUGGUCUUGCGUACGAGCUUGCGUUUGCCGAGUUCAAGUAGAUUGUAGGACAAUAAAUAGUGGCUUGAAUUAAUAUAAAGUAUUGUAAAAACAUUAAGGGUGUUAUGCACCAUGGAUGUAGCUCCUG